AUGCCUAUUUACGUCCAAGGGUUACCCAGAUAUGGCCAAGAGUUACUAAGAUAUGGCCAAGAGUUACUAAGAUAUGGCCAAGAGUUACUAAGAUAUGGCCAAGAGUUACCAAGAUAUGGCCAAGAGUUACUAAGAUAUGGCCAAGAGUUACUAAGAUAUGGCCAAGAGUUACCAAGAUAUGGCCAAGAGUUACUAAGAUAUGGCCAAGGGUUACCCAGAUAUGGCCAAGAGUUACUAAGAUAUGGCCAAGAGUUAUUAAGAUAUGGCCAAGAGUUAUUAAGAUAUGGUCAAGAGUUACCAAGAUAUGGCCAAGAGUUACUAAGAUAUGGCCAAGAGUUACUAAGAUAUGGCCAAGAGUUACCAAGAUAUGGCCAAGAGUUACUAAGAUAUGGCCAAGGCUUACCAAGAUAA